AAAAAUGGAGGAGGAUUGACGUUACAGCUGAAUCAUAUCAGGGUGUUGUGUUCCGUCAUGGAGACAAAACCCAUUGUUACAAGUCAUGGAAAUCAAGUUCUGUUCUCUUCAUUACACUCCGCUCUCCUGCAAGGGCUGCCUAGGGAGCCCACAGAAUGGAGAAGAUCCUAUGGUCGACCUGCAAAAACUCUCCAGCUUGAAGCCAGCUUUGUUCCUUUUGAUGAAGACAUCCUCCCUCAAGAGAAGGAUAAGACACUUGUUAGUCGACCCUACUUUCACAUCUUUUGGACAGACUGUGAUCUUGACACAUACAAGCAGUCUGUGAAGGAAGAGUUAAUGGAAUGGCACACAGCACUCAAAAACAAGAACAAUCCUGACUGGCUGAUUGCAGUUGUUGUCAAUGAUGAAAGCAAAAUAAAAUCCAAACUGCUACCUAGGUCCUCCGUCAUAGACAAGGUCAAAAACGACUUCUGUAGUAAACACCCUGACAGAUGUAUUGUUUUGAAUGAGCCACUUAAGCCAGACUCGAAGAGUCAGGAAUCAUGGAACAGCUUUCUUGGUCGCAUGAGAGGAUUAAUGUUACAGGCAUUUAGUAGACAUCUCAGCAAGUAUGAGGAAAAUAUGAGGAGCCUUAGAGAAAAACGAAAUGAACCUGGCUGGGACUUCGUGAAUUUUUUUCUUGUUCAGGAGGAGUUGGGGUUUAUGUUUGAGAUGCUCGGUCUGUACGAUGAUGCCCUUAUCCAGUACGAUGAGUUGGAUGCCCUGUUCUCUCAGUUUGUCCUGACACAAGCUACCACUGGCAAAAAACCAGCAUGGAUGUCAAAAUUUAUGAAAGAUUGUAACUCCUGGGCAGGACUGUCGCUAAGGAAAGCUAUAAACCAUGACAAGCGCGACAGGGUCAAACAUAAUGAGGCCACCUUGCUUGAUUUCCGGAACUAUCUGUUCUCCCGUCAAUGUGCCCUGCUGUUCCUGUUGGGGAAGCCCUGGGAGGUGGCUCAACGGGCUGUCAACUUUCUUCACCAAACCAUACAGGAAGUCAACACACUCAAGGUGGUGAUGCCAGAGGCGGCCCUUGACUGUUGGGUGUUCCUCAGUUGUAUGGAGAUUCUACAGACAUGUGAGAAUCACACAGACACCUCACAGAUGGAGGCGUACUCCCUGUACACUGCCAACCUCCGUGAUUAUACAAGGCGAAAGCUUUACAGUAUAGGGGAGAUGUGUGGCCUGACACCAGAAAACAUACCGUCCUCUGAACAACUGACCAUGGUGCUAGACCUGACUUCAGGCAUGGGUAUAGAGGAAGACUCAGAGGAAAGUUACUCAGGACCAGGUGGAUCCCACAGCCCCCGCCCCAGGGACAAGCUGAGAGAAGCAUUAUCGUCUAAUGACACAUUCCAAAAAAUAUUUCUGGAGCUGUCUGAAUUGACAAUGGGGACAUUUAAACACAUAGGAAGAUUUAGAUCAGCAAGACUCAUUGGCAAGGAUUUGGCAGAUUUCUACUUACGCCUUGGAGAAGCCCAGAAAGCUGAGAGCUUUUUGGUGGAUGCCAUGAAGAGCUACCAGCGUGAAGGAUGGCAUGCUCUAGCUGAUGGAGCUAUGCUGGAUCUGGCCAAGUGUCAGAAGCUACAAGGCAUUGAUCUCAAAUACAUUAAAACCUGCUGUAGUAUAGCCAGCAGUACCAACCUACCUGAGGAUGUCCGACAGACCCACCUACAGGACAUCGUAGAAACGGCAACAAAAAGUCCAGACACCUCGUUCACUUUGAAGUUAUCCUCACUAUUUCACAUUGCUGAGGUGACAGUGUUAACUCCAAAAGUCAUUGUAGACCAGCCAUUGGAGGUAGAGGUGAUUCUAGUAAAUAACACCCCAAGUGACAUUCAGUGUGACAGUUUGAAAAUUUCUCUGAAGAAGACAAAUAAAUUGCCUAAACUACUGUCUCAAAAGACAGCAGUGUUCAGACAGGCCAGUAACAGUAGUGCAAAGGAGGCUGUACCCAACUUCAACCCUGUCGCACAACAGAUCACUAGUAUACUGAAUGUUCAGGCUCACUAUGAGGGAGCUCCACUACAGCCAAAUACAGCUGGCAUUGUGUGUAUCAACACUCACGAGGUUCUACGUCGGGCUGACAGCUCUGGACGGGGAGCUAACCUAACUGAUACUCAUAAGGAUUAUGAUGAUUUCACCAACUAUGCAAGUUGUGAUGAUGUUAUAAUUAAACCAGGAGAAAACAGGCUAACAUUUGAACAAAAAAAUACAAGUGCUGGUCACUAUAAACUUGGACAGCUGUGGGUGAAAAUGAAAGGUAUAGACUUCAUCAAAUAUUUGGAGGCCGACCAGUUCUUCCUUGUUCAACAUAAUGACCCAAGCUGUGAUAUCAUUCCUGUUAAUGGAGAAAAGCUAGUGUCUGGCAUACAACAAUGGGUAGAGCUCACUCUGGACCCAGGUAGCUAUGUACUGAAGGAGGGCGAUGAUCUAACAUACUUAACCUCCGAUGGACUGAUGGUGUGUCAGGAGGAAGAGGAGACAACUCUCCAGGUGGCUAAGAUUACAGAGCUUGGACACGCAGUCUUCAGGAUCCUGUUGUUCCAUGACAUUAAUACAGUUGACCACAAUGCUGAGAUACGCCUUGAGAGCGACGUGUUUCCUGAUCCAGUCUGUUGUUCAGUGAUGUUCUCCUGUCCAUUCCACAUUACACACAAACUUCACACAGCCUCAAAUAGGAAGUACCUACAGAUCCUUGUCCAUGGUAACACCAGGGAGGACUUCACACUAGUCACACCCAGCCUGACUGUGGACUCACCGGACAUAGAGCUACUCUCUCUCAACAAAGCCAAUCAAGAACUGGUGGUAAAUGGUGACAUGAAUGUGUCGUACAUGUGGCAGCUCAAGUCGAACACCAAGCAUGUCAUCAAAACAAACAUCUGUUUCACUGUCACAUUCCAUUCCAUACUGGACCAGGAAAACAAAAGCAGGCAACUCUCGUAUGAAUGUAAUGUGGAAAACUUUCUGACCCUGUACACAGUGAAGACAACUGUGUCGGCCCAGCCAGAGAUGGGAACAUGUAAAGUCGGGACCACUGCUACACUUCGGGUCCACAUCCGGUCACAUGAUAACGAUGAUGAUGAUGAUGAGGCAGAUACCUCCCUGUCCUAUCAGGUCCUACAGGACAGCAGUAUAUGGGUUCUGAGUGGCAGGACAUCAGGUGUGGUUCAGCUGUGUGAAGAUAUGACAGCAGAGAUACAUCUCAACGUUGUUCCUCUUGUAUCCGGGCUGGUACCACAUCCACCAGUACAAAUCCUCAAAAAUCAAGACGAUAUUUGGUUCAAGCAACAGGACAAAAAGUUGGAGAACAAGAAUGAUGACAACAUUCCUUUGUCUAAUCCAGAGAAGAACGUGGUGACUUCACGGGCAAUACCCUUCAGUCAGGGACAAGUGUAUUAUGCCAGUAUAGCUCAGCAAGUCCAUGUGUUACCAGACGCUGGAGACUAACAAAUAUUUCAAUGAUUUUUCAACACUUUUCAGGUUACGUUGAGACAAAGUCUCAAGUGACCUAUUUUAAUUGCCUUUUGUCCAAUGUUGUGUGUCGUCCGUUCGUUAAGGAUUUACAUUUUCGACUUCUUUUCAAUAACCAAGAGGCCUCGAGACCUGAUUUUGGGCCGAUAGCAUCCUUGGGUGAAGGGCUAUCAAGAUUAUUCAAAUGAAUGACCUUGACCUUCAUUCAAUGUCAGGGGGGUCAAAUAUGCUAAAAUCUUUAAACCACAAAAAAAGCAAGUGGCCCAAAGAUCUGAUAUUGGGCCUGCAGCAUGCUGGGCUGAAGGGCUAUGAAGAGUGUUCAAAUAAAUGACCUUUACCUUUUAUCCAGGUCACAGGGGUCAAGUAUGCUAAAAUCUUUAAAUGACAUCUUUUCACUAAGCAAGAGGCCCAGAGAUCUGAUAUUGGGCUUUUAGCAUGCUGGGGUGAAGAGCUAUCAAGAUUGUUGAAAUGAAUGGCCUUGACCUUCAUUCAAGAUCACAGGGGUCAAAUAUGCUGAAAUUUUUUUAAAGUCUCCUUCUCAAGAACCAACACACUUGCUGGGGUGAACGACAUUGACCUCAAAUUCAAGGUCAGGAUAAUCAAAUCUGUCAAAAUAUAUCAAAACUAAGGUGACUGUCAAGACCCAUGGGCAUCUUCUUAUGAUAAGAGUAAUG